AUGGUGAUGGGGCAAUUGGAGAACUUGCUUGAGAACGCGGUGAGGGAUGGGAAGGUGCCGCAUGCGGUCGUUUAUGCUACGAGUAGAGACGGCAGCUUCACAUAUCAUCACGCCAGCGGCUACAACAUCGUAGGCAAAGAUGAGAAGGUUUCGGAAGAUGCGUGCUUCAUGCUCGCUUCGCAGACGAAGCUUAUGACCACCAUCUCCGCGCUUCAGGUCGUGGAGAAAGGCCUGAUAGGUCUCGACGACGACGUAGCGGGCGUGCUGCCGGAGGUUGCAGAGCAGAAGAUCUUGACGGGUUGGGAUGAGAGGGACGAACCGAUCUUGGUUGAGAGGAAAGGCGUGAUUACUCUACGGCACCUUCUGACCCACACAUCCGGCCUCUGCUACGACGCCGCCCACCCCGACCUCAUCAAAUUCCAACACAAACGCGGCCACGCGCUCAACACCGGCGACACGAUCCCCGAGCGCUUCGGCGGCCACCCGCUCGUCUUCGAACCCGGCACCAACUGGAUCUACAGCAGCGGGAUCGACUGGGCCGGCAAACUCGUCGAGCGUCUCACCGACCGGUCGCUCGAGCAGCACAUGCAGACGAACCUCUGGGUUCCGCUCGGAAUCACGGGGAUAACGUUCUGGCCGUUCGAGAGCGAGGAGUUACGGGAUACAGUGCCUGCUCUCACCGUGCGGACACCGGAGGGGGAGUUGGUUCUUAAUGAUGCGCCGACGAUUAAUACCGGGUCGAAGGACUGUUUCGGCGGCCACGGCGCUUACGCCCGUAUGUCGGACUACCUGAAGAUUCUGCACUGCCUUCUCGCCAACGACGGCCGGAUCCUCCGACCCGCUACCGUCGAAGAGAUGUUCACGCCCCAACUCUCUCCUGGCGCCAAAGCGGGUCUGCAAUCCUUCCGUCAAGGCCCCUACGCCGCUAUGCUGAUCGGGGAAAACGACCCCAGCAUCGACGCCGAUUGGGGGUUGGGCGGGAUGCUGUUCAUGGAAGAUGACGAGGGGAGGCGGAAGAAGGGGACGUUGAGUUGGGGCGGGAUGGUGAAUACGUUUUGGCUUGUUGAUCGCGAGGCGGGCGUGACGUUGACUUUUGGGACGCAGGUGUUGCCGCCCGGGGAUAAGGGGGUGACGGAGGUGAUUACGGGGGUGGAGAGGGGUGUUUAUGGGAUGGCGGGGGUGGAGUUUUAG